GACGACUUUCUCGGCGGAAAAGAGAAGGGAAGGAGAGACAAACGACACUUAUAUCACGCGGCUGCUAUCACUGCGCAUCGCAAUAACUACACUUGGUGCAGCACAGAACACCGAUAAGACAAACUAGUACAGGAAAACCGUGGAGGACGGCAAGGUCUCCUUCGAGAUGCCGGCCAGCCGCAGAAAGAGGCGGACCCGGUAGAGCUAUACCGGUAUCUGCGAGUGCGAAACGGGAACAGUGGCGGAACCACACUAUCGCUGAUGAUCCGCCACACCGCGGGCAGGACAAAGGUAAGCAUUACCAUUCUCAUGAUAGUGCUGCUACUGGCCGCCGUUGCAGUCGUGUUGACGCCGCGGGUUUUCGCACAACCCAUUUUGCAGACGAUUUAUGAAAGAACUGCUGCCGAUCAUGGGUGUCAAGUAGAGAGGAGCCGGCUUGGACGGUGUUUCAAGGCAGAGGCAGCGAUAGAAGGUGGGAUCAGAUUAAGGGCUGUGUCCUUGGACGGGCGUGGGUCUGGUGCUGAUAGGAAAAGCAGCAACGGGAGAAGACCUCAACCAUCCUAGGCUGAACGGAGCUCAGAGCUGAUAAGGAUGCUACUUAUUCGAGGUUGAGCACCAGUGGGCGGACGGCGUCG